AUGGAGGCCAUGGAGGAGGACGGCCUGGGCAUCGGAGACGACCACAACCACAACUACCGCGCGGCCGGCGGUACGGUCCAGCUGUCGGAGGCGUCGGCGGUCCCGCGGCAGGGAGCACCGCCGCGGAGGGGGGGCACGCCCCGGGCCGGCGGCAUGGACUCGGACACCGGCAGCGAGAGCAGCGAGGUCAGCGAGACGGACGGCGCGGCUCCUCCGGCCGCCUCCGAGGGGAAACCGAGCCUGGACUCCUCCUCCAAGUUCCUUCUGAACGCCAUGGCGAUAGAGGACUACCGGAAGAACCACUGGCCCAACCUGGAGAAGGCGAUCGACCGCCUGCUGAUCCAGAGCCCCACAGACCACAUCUCUGUUUCCUAUGCACAGAUAUACAGCUACGUCUAUAAGUGUGUUUGCCAGCAGCACUCUGAGCUGCUCUACAGCGAUCUGACGUCUAAAAUAACAAGUCAUCUGCAGCAGGUCUCCACCCAGCUACAAGCCAUACCACCUGAGAACUUCAUUGAGAACUUUAACGUGGCACUGACGCAAUACACAGACUCGCUUCAGUGCAUAGUUCCCGUCUUUAUGUACUUGAACAAGUUUUACAUCGAGUCCAAACUGAACAGGGAUCUGAAGGACGAUCUGAUGAAGCUGUUCGCUGAUCACGUUGCAGAGAAACACGUGAACACACUGAUGCCUCUUCUCAUCAGAGCCCACUCCAUGCCUUUUCAAGUGCAGCCCUCCACCAUGGCCAGCGUGGUGAAGGGCCUCUACAGCCUCAGACCAGAGUGGGCCCAGCAGGCGCCGGCCCUCUUCUCGGGGUUCAUUCCUCAAAUCAACCCUCCUGCCGAGGAGUCUCUGCUGUCCGACUACGCGGCUCACGACCAGAAGCUGCAGAUGGAGCUCUCCAUGAACGGAUUUCCUCGGGGGGACCAGUCCCGCAAACGGGCCAGCGACGACUCCUGAUGGUCGGCGGCGCCGCCGGCCGCCCUGUUGCAGAACUUUUUACUGUGCCUCCUCCGUCUUUGUCACGAGCCGUCUCACUGCACUAGGUACAGCGUUAACAAGGCGCCGGUUUCAUCUCCCUGGAGCGCAGGUCACAAAAAACACUGUGAACGACUCGGAACUUGCUGCAGAGCUUCCAUUUCGAGGCUGUGGAUGCUCGGAGCCUCGGCGGUCAGGUGUGCCGAGGUUCACUUCCUCUCGAGUGCCUUCCCGCCGUCUGAUUGGACCCUCUGCUGUCAGACGGGCUGCUGCCGGCUCCUUCACUCCUAACCUUCUAACAUGGAAGUGUCUUGCGUUGUUUUGGCGGACGGGGCUAUUCAAGACGUUCGAUUGCUGCUAAUGAUACUGUCCACUUGUCAAUGAAACGAAUCCGCCGUGUCACCCAGUGGCUGCAAUGGGAACGAACCUGUGGACUCUUUUCCUCACGUUGCCUUUACUGUGCUGGUGAACCGAUUGUAUUGUCCAAAUAUGCCAAAGAGAGCUGCGGUAACUCCUUGUUUACUUAAAAAGUAGCUCUUAUCGCACGUAUUGGCGCCACUGAAUGAGCCGCUGUGGUCUCCUCAUCACUAUAUUUAAUAAAAUGGUUUGUUUCUGAAGAAGCUUUUUUUUUUCUAGUGGAAUUAAAAAUAUUGAUAUUAGAUAUACUUCAGA